AUGUAUGUGAACGAAACUUCAAGAGAAAUUAAACCGGACUCUAGACCAUUGGCGCAGCAGUAUAUGUAUCUGCUGGCCGGGGUGGGAGAAGAAGCAGGGCAAACGGGGGUUCCGGUGUGGCAGCUGGGGUUGGGCGGCGAACGGCUAUGGGCCGACAUGAACCGCCUGCUCUCCUUCCUCUUCCAUCAACAAGUCCUCGACGAGCAGUUCCUGCAACUUCACCGACUCCAAGACCACUCCUCUCCCUACUUCGUCUCCGAAGUUUUCUCCAUCUAUUUCCGCGAGUCCGAGAGACUCCUCUCCUCUCUUCGAUCUCUCCUAAUGGAUAAGGAGUCAUCAGACUUGAAGAAAAUGGGAAUCCAUUUGAAUCAGUUGAUGGGUAGCAGUUCCAGCAUCGGUGCCAAGAGAAUCAGAAACGUCUGUGUUGCAUUCCGCGCUUCUAUUCGCCUCAACAAUCGCCCUGGAUGCUUGAGAGCUUUGGAGAUGCUGGAGCAGGAGUAUUGCUAUCUCAAGAACAAGCUACACGAGUUAUUCCGAAUGGAGCAGCAACGCGUUUUGGCAGCAGGAGUGAGAUACCCAGCAGCAGGUGAAGACUAA